AUGGGAAGAACUACCCUUGGUACAGAUCCUCACUCCGGAGAAUUGGAGCGACACGCGGAUGCGCUCCUCCAGCAAAGCACUAUCUCCGCGGGCAACCCAGAAAUGAGAAUAGCAACAUACCUCAACGACUGGCUAGUGCCAGUCUCCAGAUCAGAGGGCUUGCACUCCAAACCGACCCUGACACGGCCUCUUGGUACGAGCACAAUGACGGACGACCACGAGCUCUCCUCAUCCAUCCCGACAAAUUCUCCCAGUAUGUCAACAGAGAGCUCCUUCCAGCUCUCCUCUUCACUAGAGAACUGGGCACUGUCCAACCAAAAUGUACCACAUCCCGAAGAACGCCCCAUGCCUGUACCAAAUCCAAGAAGGUCUCCACACACGGUCGUGGAACGCCCUUCACUGAGGCAGCGGGAAAUUCGUACAGCGCAUAGCAAUCCUGUGACGUCCUCCUCUCACCGGGUACAAAAUCUUCCCCUCUCCCAUGGGGGUACCAACGAGGAGGAACUGCCCGUCUAUCGAAGAAACGAAGGAAGAAAGAGUCGAGGGACCCAGGCAGCCCUCCGCCGCGGAACAACUAUUGGCGGGAACAAUCCCGGAAAUUAUGACGACGCUGACCCUUAUUAUCGACCUGAUGAAGGAGGUGAUGGGUACCAAGGACCCUACGACUACUAG